GAAUUUUAUGCCCAGUCCACGUAUUACUAAGUACGUCCGUGUUGGUUCGUGGUUAUAUUAUUCAAAUUAAAACUUUAUUUAGGUUAGAGAGAUUGAUGAUGCAAAUUUGAAAUUUUAUAACAUUAUCCGCACGUUGCUUAAGAAUUUAGUGAUACAGUAUAAUGUUUUACUUAGUACAACUAAAAAGAACAUACUAACGUCAGUUUUGAUUGUCCGAUUUUCGAACAUGAUUCGAUAAUUCCAGCCACGUGAAUUCUGUUCUUCAAGGUGUAUCGAUUUUUAAACAAACUGGCAUUAUUAAGAAUUUUGAAAGAGUUUAAAAAUGGCAAAGAGAGUGCAGUCACCUUGGGUUCCACCACAAAGAAAAAAUACCGUGGUUCUUAAAUUGUAUAAUAGUUUAACUAGAGACAAAGAAAUAUUUGUUCCACAGUUUGGAAAUCGCAUAUUGUGGUAUAGUUGUGGACCCACUGUCUAUGAUGCAUCACAUAUGGGACAUGCCAGAUCAUAUAUAUCUUUUGACAUACUAAGACGUGUCUUAUCCGAUUACUUUGGAUAUGAUAUUUUAUAUGUGAUGAAUAUUACCGACAUAGAUGAUAAAAUUAUAAAAAGAGCCAGGCAAACUUAUUUGUACGAGAAAUAUAUAGAAGAAACUCAUACCCUUGAUGAAAUUCUGGAUGACGCGAAAAGCGUGAUGCGUACCUUUGAAGAAACAGUGAAAACUACACACGAUACGGAUAAGAAGUGUAUGCUACAAAAAAUGUUGAAUAAUGUGGAAAAGGCCAUUGAAAGUCUUGAAAAUGCAGUGAAACUCGAAGAUGAAAACAAAAUGAAGGAAUCCCAAGAAUUGUUGUUAAAAGAAGCACGAGAUCCUUUGGCAGACUGGUUGGAUAAAAAAAAAGGAGUUACAGUUACAGAACACUCUAUAUUCAACAAACUGUCCCAACAUUGGGAAUCAGAGUUUCAUAAAGAUAUGGAUGCUCUAAAUGUAUUAAGACCAAAUGUUUUGACAAGAGUUAGCGAAUAUGUUCCCGAGAUUGUAGCAUUCAUUGAAAAAAUUAUAGAAAACGGACACGCAUAUGAGAGUAAUGGUUCCGUGUACUUUGACGUUGCUAUGUUUGAUAAGCAAGAGAAACAUUACUACGCUAAACUUGUACCAGAGGCAUAUGGUGAUACGUCAAGUUUACAAGAAGGAGAAGGAGACUUGACCGCCUCCGAGUCAUCUGAAAAAAAGUCACCGAUAGAUUUUGCACUUUGGAAACAUUCAAAAGAAGGAGAACCAUGGUGGGAAAGUCCUUGGGGUAAUGGACGACCUGGUUGGCAUAUAGAGUGUUCAGUUAUGGCAUCUAUCAUUUGUGGAGAUAGUUUAGACAUUCACACCGGAGGGGUGGAUCUAAAAUUUCCGCAUCAUGAUAAUGAAAUAGCACAAGCAGAAGCAUACUUUGAUAAUUCUAAUUGGGUUAGAUAUUUUUUGCAUUCUGGUCAUCUGACCAUAGCAGGUUGUAAAAUGUCAAAAUCUCUAAAAAAUUUUAUUACUAUACAAGAUGCAUUAAAGAAACAUUCGGCAAGGCAGCUCAGACUUGCGUUCCUUCUACAUUCGUGGAAAGAUACGUUAGAUUAUAGCGAUAACACCAUGCACAUGGCGAUUCAAUAUGAAAAAUUCUUAAAUGAAUUCUUUUUAAACGUAAAGUGUAAAAUUAGAUGUUUGAGCACGGGAACAAAUAUUAAUACUUUUACUAAAUGGAGAAAUUCCGAAAUGGAAUUAAAUGCAAAGUUCUGUAACGCUAAGGAUUCUGUACAUAAUGCACUGUGUGAUAAUAUUGAUACAAGGAGCGCGCUUGAUGCAAUCAGAGAUCUAGUGACACACUGCAACAUUUAUAUGAACCAAAGUAAACAGCCUAACACACUGUUGCUUAGGGACGUUGCGGUUUAUAUUACAAAAAUAUUUACUAUAUUUGGUGCAAUAUCAUCUUCGCAUGAUACUAUUGGAUUCCCACUUGAUGAUAAGAUUGCAGAUGUGAACGUUGAAGAUGUUGUUAUGCCAUAUCUUGAAAUUCUGGCAAAUUUCCGACAAGAAGUAAGAAACGAAGCUAAAAUUUUGAAAGCCAGUAGUAUUCUUGAGGAGUGUGAUAAAUUACGUGACGAGACUUUACCAAAUAUCGGAGUACGUUUGGAAGAUAGCAACGAAGAAAACUGUUCGGUUAAACUAGUAAACAGAGAGGAACUUUUAAAGGAGAGGGAAUGCAAACAGAGACUUGAACUUGAAAAAUCACUGGAAAAAGAAAAACGGAAGACGGAAGCUGCCGCGGCAGCUGCAGCAAAAGAAGCACAAAGAAAAAUUCCUCCCUCAGAGAUGUUUAAGUUAGAAAAGGAUAAAUAUUCUCAAUUUGAUAGUAACGGUAUACCAACGCAUGAUAUCAAUGGUAAAGAACUUAGCAAAGGACAAAUGAAGAAACUGCAAAAAUUGCAGCAAGCGCAAGAGAAAAAAUAUAACGAAUACGUUACUUCUAUGCAAAACGGUGCAUAACAAUCUUUUCUAACAUAGUAUUAAUUUUGCGCGUUAAGAACAUAAUCGCUCAAGAAAACUAUUAUAUUGUUUUCAUGGGCCUGAGAUAUUUAUUUUCACCUUACUUUCGCUCCAUUGCAUCACUUAUUAAUUUAUUAUUGUCUAUGCAAUAUUUAUGUUGAUGCUUAUAUUUGU